AUGGCAGGUCCAGAAAUUAAUGCCCAAUUCCAUUUCACUGAUAUCAAAACAUGUUUCAACUCUUAUACUCUCACAGGUAGAAUGAAUUAUGUACUGGCUACGUAUGGAGGCAUUGCUUUGAUGGUCUUAUACUUCAAAUUAAGGUCUAAAAAAGCACCAGCUGUGAAAGCAGCAUAA